AUGGGACCACCGGGACCGCCAGGGCCUCAAGGAGACAAAGGGCCUAAGGGUAAAGUUGGUAUUGAAGGAGCAAAAGGGGAGAAAGGAGAGCCUGGACUCUCAGCUGAAGAAGUGAAGGAGCUAGUCAACCAGGAGGUGGUAGAAAAGUGCGGAUUGGAAUACAAGUUCAUGGUAAAAUCUGUUGACCCAGAUGCAACAACUGCAGUGACUAAGAAUGAAAAUGACCAAAAAGACGUUGUGAAAUCUAUCACCCAUGACCUGCAUGAACAAAGUAUGGAAGAAAACAUGGCAGACAACAUGGGAGAAGGGCACCCACAAAACCAGACUGAUACUCAUGAUGGAGGGACUGUGGAGUGGGGACAAAGGAAGAAGAGAAGGGUAUAUGGAAGAAACACAGCAAACCGCUGCCUGGAGCCGAUGUCAGAAGGAGCCUGUUCAGACUAUUCUCUGGUCUGGUACUUCCACGCCCGAUCGGGGGAAUGCAGACCGUUUGUUUACGGGGGCUGUGGUGGCAACCAAAACAGAUUCUCCUCCAGACAUGAGUGCGAGGAAUGGUGUGAGGCGGAGAGUCGAGUUAUGGGGGGACCAAUCAGAUCGCGCAGGGAAUAA